AUAUUCUUUCAACAAUAAAAUAAAACAUUCUAUGAGUUAUUUCUUGAAAUCAUUUUAAGUUAAAGCAAUACCUCGAAAAUUAUAUUUAAUUAUUAAAAUGAAAACCAUUAUAAUGAUUAUUUUGUUUUUUCCUUCAUUGAAAACACAAGAUGAAUGGCCAAAUGAAAUAAUUUGUUCAUUUGCUGGAAAUGUCUGGGUCAGUACUUAUAAAUUCAAUGUAUCCGAAAUACCAGAUGAUUGUGAUGUAAUUAAUAUGGGUCAAUAUAAUUUUGACAUUAAUGAUGGUAUUGAUACCUAUACAACAGAAUCAGAUAAAGGUGCAAUGAGAGCUUUGAAAACAGCUAACAAGGUUGUUUAUAUACAACUUGGAUUCUAUUCUGGUGAUGAUUGGCCUUCAAUAUUGGCUCCUCAGGAUGAGGAACAAUUUAAGAAAGAAACAAUGGGUCCAUUAGUCAAUUUUUUAAAUGCUUAUAAAAUUAGUGGUCUUCUCUUGAAUAUAUAUAGAAUUUAUGAUAUCAUGGAAAAUUUUCCACAAAAAUUAAGUACAUUUAUCAGUCAAAUCAAACAACAAGUAAAACAUAAAAUUAAAUUUGGAUUACUCAUAUAUGCAUAUUCCGAUACAAACUUUCUUAAUACUUCAAGUUUCGAUUUUACAAUAACAAAUAAAGUGUUGGAUAUGUAUAUAAUUAACUUUGUAAAUUUAAACGUUUGUGAUUCAGAAGCUAAGCAAUAUGGUGUGGCUCCAAUAACAUGCCCAAGUCCGAAUAUGAUGACUAUGGAACAAGUGACUUCAUCUGUAACGAGUUCAAAAAUGGAUAAGUCGAAAAUUUAUACUUGGUUACAGAGUUUAAUAUUGAUGCCAGAAGAUCAACCGCUAAUAUUUGAUAAGAAAGUUACAUCGUAUUCUGCGUAUUGUAGCAUCCAUACAAAAAAUUCAUCAAUUUGGUGUCAGAAUCCUUCACAGCUUUCAUAUGAUCAAGCGGCUUUCGUAAAAAAAAACUAUCAAGGAAUUAUCAUAGAGUGUCUUGAUGCAGAUGAUUUCAACUCCAGUUGUGGUUGUGGACAAUUUCCAGUAACAAAGGCAUUUAUUAGUGGCUGGAAAUCAACUCCUCUUACACCGUGUCCCAGAUUAGAUUAAACAUAUCAGACAAAAAUGGGAUAAAUUAAAUUAUAUCUUUUAAACUAUACAUUUAUGAUAUACAGUAAUAUUUAUUUAUAGAUAUUUAUCAACA